UUACCCUCCAGCACCCGUUCUUAUUUUUAUUUGUCUCCUUUUUAUUUAGACUUUAUAAUUAUAAUUUAAAUUUUUGGACUAAAGAUGGUAAACUGUGGAGCUUCUGGAAGUUUUUUGGCGCCGGGCAAUGCUGUUGUUUGCUGUGCUUGCCCAAUAAAAUAUCAUAAGGUCUGCCUCGCCAUCUAUUAAGAUCAAAGAAAAAACGAAAUAAUAUCAAAGAAAAAAAAUACUGCAUAUAUAAAAUAAAUAAAUAAUUAAAAUUGCCUAAGUGGAUUAAAAAUACUAUGCAAUAGCUUUACCGCGGCAGUCCCCGAGUGCCACAAGUAUUUUUUUUAAUUAUAUUUUUUAGGCAAAGGUUAACGUUGUUCGAAAAUUGUGUACGAUCGCAGCACAUAAUGCAUGCUACUACAAGUGAAUUCUCUCGGGCGAAUCACAUAGUUUAAUAUCAGUUGAACGUCACUUACAGGUAAGUUCGUUUAACUUUCAAUAAUAAAUCAUAUGAUGGUUAAUAUUGGCGUUAAUUUGAAUACGCCUUCAAGUUACAAGUUAGUUCCCUACAAUGAUCUUCUAUAAAAAGGUCAUUCAUUAACAAGCAUAUAAUAUAGCCAAUUAUAUACUAAACGAGAGAAUUUACAUGUGAAGUAUUCCUUGCGAUGCAUAAACAAAUUAGUACUGCCCACUUCACGCCUCAAGCUAAACUUAACAAGUACCUUUAACUUUUCUAUAAUCAUAUCUAACCAUUUACCAGAGACAUUAAGAAACGAAACUAAUGACAUUGUAUUUAUAAUACAAUUAAAACUGUUAUUAAUCGAGAAGUGUUACUAUAGUAUUAAAGAUUAUUUGAAUGACAAUCUUAAGUAAAUAGCGACUAACAUGUACAUAAUUACAAUAAAAUGAUACACAUAAAUGACAUAUACAAUUAUACACACAAACAUACAUACAUAAAUAUUAUUUAACUUGACAUUAAAGGAUAACAUUUUUUUUACUAGUAGCCCGCCUAUUAAUUAUUUGUAAAUGUAAUGAAUUUUAUCUUCACUUAAAUCACACUAAUAUUAUAAAGGCGAAAGUAUGUGAGUGUGUAUGUUUGUUACUUCUUCACGUCUAAACGGCUGGAACGAUUUUAAUAAAAUUUGGUAUGGAGUUAGCUGACACCUUAGAUUAACACAUAGGCUACUUUUAUCACGAAAAAAAUUUAGGUUCCAGAGGUAUUUUCAAGAAACUAAGUUAACGCAGACGAAGUCGCGGGCGACCUCUAGUAAUAUAUAAAUUACCCAUAGUGAUAUUCAGUACCUAACUCUUUCAAUUUAUAAAUUAACAUAGAAAGAAUGUAACUCCUCUCUUCUACCUCUCAUUGAGUUGCGUGCCCGACAUAUCCAUAAUGAUCGUAUUAUGUCAUAACUUAUAUUUAACAUCUUUUUGUACAUUGUGGACAUAGAUGAAUAAUUGGUUUCGCUUCACUCGACUAGAUACCGCCGGCGUACUUGUCUAAUGCGGCAACAAAUACUAUGCCGAAAUCGGCAUACCCGAGCUUUCGCCGAGCCAGUCAACCUGACAGUUGUGUACGGGGUGUACGUAGUGAAUGUUUUAUUAAAAUUUGGUGUUAAAGUAAAGUGCCAGUUCAUGUUGUGAAAUAAUACAACAAUAAAUAACAAGGACGCUGGGAUCACAUAACAUCAAUAAGUAUAGUAAAAUUCCGAAAUUUCAACAUAAAAUAACAUGAACCCUAAACGUCAUUCAGGUGUUGCCGCGUAAGCAAGAAUCAAGUCCCUGUGGUUGAGAUUUUUAUUUAUAAUGUGAAUUUAUUGUUAGUGUAUUUUAUUAUUGAACCUAUGUUAUUUAAACUUCCUAUUAAAAUUGCAAAUAAACUUAACCUAGUUUUAUAUUAUUUAACGUUUAUCUUUGUGAUCUACCUUUUAUUCCUAUGAUAUUCUGUUAUUAUUUUUAAUAUCAUUUUUUCAACACAUUUGCUUGUAAACUGACUCUUAUUAUUUACACAGUUUUUAGUUUCACAAUUCAGCAUAUUAACUAGCAUCUUGUUGUGUAUUUUUUUUUAAUUUCAGCAUAUUAUUGAAGUUAUUUUAGGGUUAAGAUGACAAAUAAUUCAUUUUAUAUUUAUAAACACAAAUUAACUUAACUCACUUAUUAAGAAACACGCCUAGUCGUAUAAGUACACUAAAAUAUUGAUAUAUUCGCAUUUAAUUAAGUGCAUCUUCUUCAAGUAUUUUAUGAGCUAUAUUUAUAACCUGGUACAUAUUAAUUAUAACUUACAAUAUUUUCCCUAUUACUUGGGUAGAAGUUGAGCAGCUGGCUACACGAUUUAUAACAUUUGAUAGCGUCAUUGCAAAUUGACAUACACACACUACAACAAUGAGUUGCCGCAUUUUCGGAGCUGUUGUUUUUUGUCAGCGCGGUAUCUAGUUGAGUGAAGCGAGACCAAUCAUUUAUCUAUGAUUGUGGAUAUGAAAUAAACGAAUUGAAUUGAAAAUUUACUAGAAAUAAUUACACUCCUGCGGUCAGCCAUGGGUCAGCCUGACACCUCGAUAGCGAAUCCUUCGCCAUGCCUUGACCGAGUGGGUUUCUUUGUAGCAAAUAUUUUUUACUAGCUAGUAAAGUGAAAAGCUUUUCACUUUUCAUAAGUGCUUUGCCAAGUUGCAGUUACCGUUAUCAUUGUAACACAACAUCAACAAAAAGGUAAUGUUAAAAUCCAAAGAAGCUAUUUAUGUACGUAACGCUAAAUUGGACGAAGAAACUUGCAGUAAAAAGCGGAAUGCAUAAUUUCCUUGUUAAAAUCUUUUUGCUUGAUUGAGCUCUUUGCUUAUUUUGGAGAGAUUAGCAUGCCUAUGUCAAGGCAUAGGUGUCGCAGACAUGUCAACAGAAGUUAUAGUUAUUUUUGCAAGUUAAAAUUAUGUUACGCCAAAGCAUAAAAUAGAAGUUACUUUCAUUCGCCAUUUUCACGGGAAACGAUAUAUUAUCAUGGUUAUGUCAAGGGAUUGGAGAUGGAAGGAACAGUGUGUGUUGUGUUGAUUUGUUUAUUUUGUAUGAAACCUGUAAGAACUAAACCAGAUUUGGACUCGGAGUUGGCAGCCAGCGAGGAUCGAUGGAUGUACCGGCACAAGAAGAUGGAUGAGUUGGAAGCAGCUUGUUCCGCCCUGCAACCCUCGGCUAAGGACAUCGUUAGGCGUUUCUAUGCAAUACUGCCUUAUUUUGACAAAGAGCAUUCGAACACUGCGUUCCUCCAUAAGCUCAGGGGAACAGUCUACGGUAUGUCAGAGGGAGAGGACAUGCUAGACAGAGAGGCAGCGUUCUAUGCCACUGUGCUUACACCGGUUGUAUUCCUUCAACAGUACAGAGACACGUGGUGCCUUUUGGAAAGGUUCCAUAGAGCGAUUCGGUUGUACCAAAUUUCACAUCCAACAGAGAAGCGAUCCGCCUUAAAAAUAUUACAAAACCUGAGAUCAGUUACUCAAAAGAUCCGUUCCUUUGUUUACGACUUGCCGGGACCCUCGACCCGACCUACAACUACUGCGUCUGAUGUGGAUGAAGAAGACCUACACGACAAGAAAGAUAUCACGUACUUAAAAGAGCUCAUUAAAAAUCUUGGCUGA